UAUACGCUUCUGUACAUUUUGUCUGUAAUCAUUGAACCAAAGAACAGAACCUUCCUUCUUUUACUGUCCUAGUCAGAUAGACUUCCCGACUACAGUAUCUAUUUCUCUUAGAAAUUUGGAAGAUUCGUUGGAUUUAAGCCAUAUUGGACCAAAGUUUUGCUCUUCUUUUCAUGGUCUGGUCAAAACGCCACAAAGGUUUCUUUAUCCAUCUUCUUCGUCAUGGAUUCCCUGUAAACGAAAAAAAUCACAGAAAGUUUUGAGAGAAGCCGAGUACGAGGAAAAACUUCUCUAUCUCCCAGUCUCAAGAUAGUUUUGCUGCUUAUUGAAUCUCUCUCUCUCUCUUUCUCUUUGUCUAUAAGGUUUAGUGUCUCAUUCUCCACCUUUAUCUUUCGUACCGUUUAUGUUUUAUUUAAUCUUGAUGUCUAGUUAACUGUUUAAAUCUACUCCAUUUCUGCUGCCCUGAUGAAAGAAACUCAACAGACUUUGAGUUUGGCUUGAAUGUCUAGUUCAAGUAACAUUUGUGUUAUGUGUGUUGCUUUUGUCUUAUGACGGUUUAGAACCUAAUUAAUGAUCUUGACGGUUUAGAUUUGACAAUCUAUACGGGGACAUUUGUAGUAUACUUUUUAGGUCUUAUUUUGGCUUCUGCCAUCAUCUGAGAGUUUUUUUGGUUUUUGAGAGAGAGAGAGAGAUUAUCAAAUGCCGGAGGAGGAAGAUUUGGUAGAACUUAAAUUCAGGUUAUAUGACGGUUCAGAUGUUGGCCCGUUUCAUUACUCUCCAACCGCCACUGUGGGAAUGCUCAAGGAGAGAAUCGUCUCUGAAUGGCCUAAAGACAAGAAGAUUGUUCCAAAAGCAGCUAGUGACAUCAAGUUGAUAAAUGCUGGUAAGAUUUUGGAGAAUGGUAAAACUGUUGCACGGUGUGAAACUCCAUUUGAUGAUGAUCUCCCUAAAUCCGUCAUUACAAUGCACGUUAUCGUGCAACCGUCUCCAACAAAACCAAGACCAGAGAAGAAAUUGAAGAGGAAGAAGCCUCACAGAGAAGCUUUUGCUCAUGUACCAUAAUGUGAGAACAAGUACCAGAUCCAGAAUCUGAAAAAAACACA